AUGGCGACGGUCGCAGCCACCGGAGGAAGUAAAGAGGCGCGCCGCCGCCGUAUCAUCGAGCGUGGAGCCGACCGAUUGGCGCUCAUCACCGGCCGCAUCCAAUCCCUGCCCCCCGACCCCGACACCGACCAAUCACGUCCCCCGGUCACUCCCUCUGCUCAAAUCCCCUCCGAUGCCGUCAAGCUUGAGAAUGCACUCUCUGAUUCGCCACCAUUGCCGAAUCUUGAAGAACCUAGCCAGCUCCAUACUCUUGUCGAGAAUAAAGAGCCUUUGCCAGAAAACAGUACAAAAGGCAAAAAUAUUAUGUCUAGCCCAGUGGCCCUCGAGAAAGAAGAAACAUCUGAAAUCUCACAAGAACAAUCCCAACUCUCAUCAUCCACACAAAGAACUCAGGUAGACCAAGCUGAACCUAGCCAGCGUAACCCAUUUACAGCCGCUCAUAUUUCAUCUGCAAUUACAGCCUCUGAAAAUAUCCGUAUGUGUUGCUCUGUAGCAGCUGCAAUCUUAGUAAUCUUGUCAUAUGUCAAAUUUCCGAUUCUGGGUGGGGAUAUUAUUAGGAAUAUCGUAACUUUCAAGCCUCUCUAUCUGCUUCUGCUGACAAAUAUAUCGAUUGUGCUUGCUUGGCUUAUUUUGGGGAUUCAAAGUUCCGGGUUAAAGACUGGACGAGCGACCAGUGCUCCUAAGUUUGGUGGUAAUGAUAUGGUUGAUCGGCUGGGGGAAGUUCUUGAGAAGGGUUUGCUGAUGCAGAAAAUAUUAGAGGCGAUGUUUAUGGACUUUGGAAUUUAUGCGGUUGUGCUCGUCUGUGGUCUCUCAUUGUUAUAA